AUGCCUCCCAAAGCCCUCACUUGUGAAGCCGACACUAGUGCCGCUAAUUUAUGUCAGCGUCGUAGUGGAAUUGAUUUCAGCGACUUUUCAGAAACUAUUCCGAAAAGGCUUUUCCCGGAGCGGAAACAAAUGGUAUGGCAAGAUGAUUCGCCUUCAAGCAUCUUAAGUCUUGAUGGAGUUCCAAAUGACAUAUGGGCAACCAUGUGCCAAGCAUUCAAGGCCGCUGAUCCUCGAAUCUGCCAUGGCGCAGUGUGGGAAUCUGUCAAGGUCCGCCUUCUCGGUCCAUUCUCAUCCCUAAUCACAAGGACGGUCGGGUCUGUCGCAAAGUCAAGUGUCUUGCUUGCUAUAGAUAGUGACUCCUGUCGCGAAUAUGAUUUACCCACUUUUCUCUCUGUACAGUCUGACUCAACUCAGCCUAUCAAACUCCUUGACCCCCAGCAUGUCGACUUAGAUACUGUGAAUGGCUGGCUGUCAACCUGCUUGAACGGCCAUGAGCCUUUAUGUGGUCGGGGCUCGUAUGACCAAAUCCGCGGCUUGCGGGUCAUUGAUGUGGGUACGAAGAAAUUAAAGGUUGCAGAAAGGGACACUCGCUACGUUGCAUUGAGCUAUGUCUGGGGGCAACCAACGCAAAACCCACCAGCUCUUACUACGCCAGAACCUCCGACAAAAAUGGGUACAAACAAGUCUACCCAAGAGCAAGAGGAUCCUAACGCUCUCCCAAACGACCUCCCUUGUACCAUUUUGGAUGCUAUGACGAUAACGGCAAGUCUGGGAUUUCAAUAUUUAUGGAUAGAUCGCUACUGUAUUCCGCAGGAGGAAAGCGACUCUGAGAACAGGGACGAGCAAAUACGGCAGAUGGACAAAGUCUACCGCAAUGCUGAGGUUACCAUCAUUGCUGCUCCAGGAGAAGGACCCGAGUACGGCCUCCCUGGCAUGGGAUCAACUGCACGAGUACCUCAGGCUUAUGCUCGCAUUGGCAACAAUACACUCAUCUCGACGCUGGAUUGGCCAACUAGAAUUGUUCUUAGGUCAAAAUGGGCUAGCCGGGGUUGGACCUACCAAGAGGCCAUAUGUUCCCGAAGACGAUUGAUCUUUACUGAUCAGCAGGUAUUCUUUGAAUGCCAGCAAAUGAGUUGCCGUGAGAAUGUUGAUUAUAUGUGGCCUCUGAGGGAGUACAACAUUUUCAAUGUCGAUCACAAGGUCGGAAUGGAAGCAAAGUGGCACCACAUCCGGAAUUAUACUUAUCGCCAACUUACAUACGAUUCUGAUGCUCUAAAUGCAAGUUUAGGGCUUAUUCGGCUUCAGACAGAGCCAGGACUUCCUUUCUUUCAUUUCUGGGGCAUUCCUAUGACACUACAACCUCAGGAUGCCGACGAACACUCGUCCACAAGCGAUUCUCAGAGACUGCAAAGAAGCUUUCUCCAAUCACUUUUAUGGACCUUAUGUUCACCAUGGCGUCCAGCGCGUCGGCGUCAGGACUUUCCGACGUGGUCUUGGACAGCUUGGGCACAUGAGAUCAAAUUCGAAAGCUUCAUCAAUCGCAAGGGUUUCGAACAGCUUGGUGUUACAGCGUCAAUUGGCUAUCAGGAUGGUUCUUUCAAAGACUUUGACUACGCCUACCGCCAUAACUUUAAGCCUGGCAAAGUAGGGAAUCUUUCAAAGACUCUACGCCUAAGGGGAAGGGUGCUCAAAUUAAUGACAAAGAUACUUCGGCCACGCUCAUGGUUUGCCGAAGAGCGUGAGCUCUUCGUCUGGCCUAUGGACCAACACGAGGAAUAUGGAGAUGUGCAUAUGACAGCUCCUGCAGAGUUCAUUCCGCAAGUGGAUGAGGCAAAGAUGGCAUUGUGGCAGAAAGAGCCAUUGCAACUGUUCGGUAUUCUCAGCGGGUGGAUUAGAAGUCCUAACGGGGAUACGGACGUAUUUGUCCUUUUGCUUUCAAAGGUUGGAACAAACAAGUAUGAGCGAGUGGGCCAUGCCAUCCUUAGAAAAGGCACUGCAAGCGGUAUGCAUUGCUUGAAUGUGGUUACAGACAAGGCAGGAGAUGUGGAAUCAAAAGAGCGCAUUUUCAGAACUGAAAGAUGGCUUACGGAUAGCAUUAUAUGUGAUAUAGACCUAAUCUAG